GAUAAUUCGUCUUUGAGUUCAUUGAGUGGAGAGUGGACAUGAACUGAAAGGCAAGAAAUUCACCGCGAGCACAUUCCGCGCGAGGAAGCCCUUUAAAAAAAAAUAUUUUAGUUACAGUCAUAACGAAGAUGCAACGAUGACUCAACCGCAGCUGAAUGAGUUCAUUCCCCCUCCGGAGUGCCCUGUUUUUGAGCCCAGCUGGGAGGAAUUCGCCGACCCUUUUGCGUACAUCAACAAAAUACGACCGAUUGCAGAGAAAACUGGCAUCUGCAAGGUCCGACCGCCGCCGGAGUGGCAGCCACCAUUUGCCUGUGAUGUUGAUAGACUGAAAUUCACACCACGGAUACAAAGACUCAAUGAGUUGGAGGCUCAGACCAGAGUUAAGCUCAACUUCCUGGAUCAAAUAGCAAAAUUCUGGGAGCUUCAAGGAUGCACUCUGAAAAUCCCUCAUGUGGAAAGAAAGAUUUUGGAUCUUUACCAGCUGAACAAGCUGGUAAAUGAGGAGGGAGGCUUCGAUGCUGUCUGCAGGGAGCGCCGCUGGACUAAGAUAUCUGUCAAGAUGGGCUUUGCUCCAGGCAAGGCUAUUGGCUCUCAUCUGCGGGCACACUAUGAAAGGAUCCUCUACCCAUAUAACGUGUUCCAGACUGGAGACAAUCUGCCUAAAGCCACCUUGACCAAUGACACUAAAGAUAAGGAGUACACCCCUCACGACCUGCCGCAGCGGCAGUCUGUCCAGCCCCAGGAGACCUGCAGCAUCGCUCGCCGAGCGAAACGCAUGAGAUCUGAAAGAGGCUGUGUCAAAACUGAACCAGGGGAAGUUUGUCAGAAUCGACCCAAUCUCAGAAGGAGGAUGGGAUCGUAUGUUGGCAAACACGAACCUGUGAGGAUGUCAAUCAUGGAGGUGAAACAGGACCCCAUCAAACAUGAGCAGCCAACAGAUUAUGAGGAAACUGUGUUAAAUAAGAUGAACAGACCCCCUUCAAGUAAAGUGGACCAGUACAUGUGCCUGGUUUGCGGCAGUGGGACUGCUGAGGACCGCCUGCUGUUGUGUGAUGGCUGCGACGACAGCUAUCACAUCUUCUGUCUGAUCCCCCCCCUCCACGAUGUUCCCAAAGGCGACUGGAGGUGCCCCAAGUGCCUGGCUCAGGAAUGUGGCAAACCUCCUGUGGCUUUUGGCUUUGAGCAGGCGAGCAGGAGCUACACCCUCCAGUCUUUUGGAGACAUGGCCGAUUCCUUCAAGUCUGAUUAUUUCAACAUGCCAGUUCAUAUGGUUCCCACUGAGCUGGUGGAGAAGGAGUUCUGGCGUCUAGUCAGCACCAUUGAGGAGGACGUCACUGUGGAGUACGGAGCAGACAUCGCCUCUAAGGAGUUUGGGAGUGGUUUCCCUUUGAGUAACAGCCAUUUUGAAGUCUCUCCUGAGGACGAGCAUUACCUGAGCAGCGGCUGGAACCUGAACAACAUGCCGGUGCUGGACGCCUCCGUGCUGACUCACAUUACAGCCGACAUCUGUGGGAUGAAGUUACCCUGGCUGUAUGUGGGCAUGUGCUUCUCGUCCUUCUGCUGGCAUAUCGAGGACCACUGGAGCUACUCCAUAAACUACCUUCAUUGGGGGGAGCCAAAGACGUGGUACGGGGCCCCUGGUUAUGCCGCAGAGCACCUUGAGGCGGUCAUGAAGAACCUGGCACCUGAGCUGUUUGAGUCUCAGCCUGAUCUCCUUCACCAGCUGGUCACCAUUAUGAAUCCCAACACGCUAAUGAACAACGGUGUUCCGAUUUAUCGCACCAACCAGUGUGCAGGCGAGUUUGUUAUUACUUUCCCCCGAGCGUACCACAGUGGAUUUAACCAGGGCUUCAACUUUGCUGAAGCUGUCAACUUUUGCACCAUGGACUGGAUGCCCAUUGGUCGUAACUGUGUGGCGCACUAUCGGCAGCUGAGCAGGUACUGUGUCUUCUCACAUGACGAGAUGGUUUGUAAUAUGGCCUACAAAGCAGACACGAUGGAUGUUGAGCUGGCGGCAGCAGUUCAGAGGGAGAUGAUGGUGAUGGUCCAAGAAGAAGAAGAACUGCGAGAGAAGAUUAAAAAAAUGGGUGUGGUGCAAUCUCGACAAGUUGAUUAUGAGGUGCUCCCAGACGAGGAGCGGCAGUGCUGCAAGUGUCGGACCACCUGCUACCUGUCUGGCAUCACCUGUGCCUGCAGUCCUGACAAGAUGGUUUGUCUGUACCACACCCAGGACCUCUGCUCCUGUCCUCAUAGCAACCUUACACUCCAUUACAAGUUUACACUGGAUGAGCUGUAUCCCAUGAUGGCGUCAGUAAAACUGCGUGCAGAGUCCUAUAAGGACUGGCUCUGCAGUGUGCAGGACAUCCUGGAGAACAAAGGAAACAAGAAAAGAAGUUUGGAAGAGCUUCACAGCCUGGCAGAGCAGGCAGAAACAAAGGCGUAUCCGCAAAUUGGCCUCCUGGACCAGCUACGCACAGUGGCCUCAGAGGCUGAUAAAGUUGCUGUGAUGGCACAACAGCUCCUUAAUGGAAAGAGGCAGACAAGGUAUCGUUCUGGAGGAGGAAAGUCUCAAAACCAGAACGAGUUGACUGUUGAGGAACUGAGGUCUUUUGUCCGACAGUUAGACAACCUGCCAUGCAACAUUCGACAGGCUCCUUUACUGAAGGACCUAUUGACCCGGGUAGAUGACUUCCAGCAGCGCGGCGAGCGUCUCCUCUCCGAUGAGUCACCCAGUCCACUGGAGCUGCAGGAGCUGCUGGACGUGAGCCUGGGCCUGGACGUGGAGCUGCCUCAGCUGCCCUUGCUGAGGGAGAGGCUGGAGCAGGCCCGCUGGCUGGAGGCCGUGCAGCAAGCCAGCAGCCGGCCUGAAAGCCUCUGUCUGGACACCAUGAGGAGGCUGAUAGACCAGGGCGUGGGCCUGGCCCCUCACAGCUCUGUGGAAAGAGCCAUGGCUCGUCUGCAGGAGCUGCUGACCGUGUCGGAGCAGUGGGAGGAGCGGGUGCUCAGUCUCAUGGAAGCCAGGCCAUGUCACAGCAUAGAAACAUUAGACACCGCUCUACAAGAAGUAGAAAACAUCCCCGCUUAUCUCCCCAACUGUCUGCAGCUGAAAGAUGUCAUCACCAAAGCCAAGAAAUGGCUCCAGGAAGCCGAAGCACUCCAGCUUGGGGGUCGUAUUCCCGUGCUGGAAAGCCUCUCUGAGCUGCUUCUCAGAGCAGAGGGCCUCCCAGUGAGGCUCGACCCGCUGAGUCGCCUGGAGGCCCUCGUCAGUGAUGUUCAGACCUGGAAGGAGAGCGCAGCCAAGACAUUCCUACUGAAAAACUCUCCUUUCUCUCUCCUUGAGGUGCUGUGCCCGAGAUGUGAUGUUGGGACUGGGCAACAGAAGUCAAGAUCUAAAAAGGCAAAAGAAGCCACACAGAUCAGCAAAAAAUCUUCAUCAAAACUGGAGUCUGUGUGUGAUGUGGAGAGAGCGCUCUCUGAAAGCAAGGACUCGGCAUCUGCUAUGGUCACUCUUGCCGAGGUCCGCCAGAGGGAGAUGGAGAUCUUGUUGGCUCUGCGUUCUUCAAAUGAGUCCAAGCUUGUUCCUGCUGAAAACUGUUGUGCACUUAGUGUUUGCGUUUGCCAAAAGGCUCCUUCAGGUGCCAUGGUGAAGUGCGAGCUCUGUCGAGAAGUGUUCCACUGUGGCUGCGUUACAACAGCCGCGGACCUCGAGUACGGCCGAGCCUGGCUUUGCCCAAUUUGCCAGCGGUCGAGGAAACCCCCUCUGGACAAGGUCCUGCCUCUGUUGGCUUCGCUGCAGAGGAUUCGGGUACGACUCCCAGAAGGGGAUGCCCUGCGCUUCCUCAUCGAGAGGACGGUGCGAUGGCAGCACAGAGUUCAGCAGGCGUGCACAGAGGGAGUGCUGGAGAAAGUGUCAAAGAUGGGGAAAUCGGGGCACGGAAUAUCUUCACAUCGGACUCAGGAAAUAAACGGUUCAUUUUAUCAUAUAGAGCACAAGUCUGUUCCUCUCCAGGGUCUCUGUCCUGAGCUGGAGGAGCUGAUGGUGGAGGGAUUCCUGCUGCAGGUCACACUGCCUGAAACCGAGCAGCUGUACAGAUACCUGCUCUACAAACUGGCUCCCCUGCCCUCACAUAGCCCCCUUCACACAGAACAGGACCAACAGUGUCAGCGAGGGAGCCCCCACCACCACAAGAACGGAGUUUCCGGUCACAAAAAGGAAGCGGUGAACGGUCAGAGCAAGAGGACCAAGCGGCGUAAGGACAGCUCCGACUCUCAGCACAGCGAGAAGGCCAAGAAAUGCCGCAAGAAGAAGUCUAAGAAGAGCAAAGAGAGGAGCGAAGAAACAAAGCAGGCUUGUUCUCCCACACACACAGCUUCUGACCCCGCUGCUUCAGAUUCAGAGGAGGACUACUCACUGUGUGCUGCGCCGUGGUGCAGAGAGCCAGAGGGCGACGAGGUAAAUUGGGUCCAAUGUGACGGCAGCUGUAAUCAGUGGUUCCACCAGAUCUGUGUAGGACUGUCUGCUGAGCGCGCAGAGAAGGAGGACUAUAUUUGCAUAAGCUGCACACAGCCAGACUACGACAGAGGAGAAUGAGGACCAAAAAGUGACUUGAAGGAUCAGCAGUUUUGUUGUGGGCCGCAGCACUUGAGGGUACACCUGAGCUCUGUGCGCUCCUGUGGCUUCUCCCCCCUUUACCUUCUGGCUUGCCCUUAGUGAACAUGGUGCUAUUUACUGUUUCUUUUUCCAGAGUUACAAAAGACUUCUGUCACUGUUUUUGUCACGUGGCUGGUUUUUCAGCCAAUCAACUAAAUCCUUUUCUGAAACUUUCCAGGACUUGAUGCAGAUGUACAUAAUGGCAAAAUGUUUCAACAGCGCAGGGAUUUUUCAACCAAAAAAAAAAAGUCAAUUUGACACCACAUUUUAGAACUGCUUUUUUUUUUUUUUUUUACAUACAUCUGAACAAUGUGAAACUUAUCUUUUUCUUGUAGAGUAAAUAUUAUUUAUCUAAGCAAUAACUGAACCAACUAAUUGAGGUUCAGUUUUCACCUGAGCUAUAUUUGUGCUUAGAAAGUCUUUGAUAGAAUGCCUUCUUGAAGCAAAAACCCUGAAUAAUACACUUUAUGAAUCCUAUGAUAUUAUACAGUUCAAUUAAAAUUUGUGAACAGGACUUGAAUCGGAAAGAAACGACUGUUUGUCUGAGCUUUUUAAUCCAAUAUGUGCAAAAGUUUGCACCUGAGUAUUUGCCCAUAUCCCUUAACGAGUCACUGACUUCAGUCCGAAUCCUUUUUGCAAUGUCUGCGAAAGAAAAUCACGAGUCCCGGCAUUGGCUGAGACUUAAUCAUGUUCACAAAAUGCAAAUGAACUGUCCGACAUCAAAGGAAUGUACAUUUUGUUUUAGGGUGGAUUUUCCCUCUAUGGUUUAGAUGAAAAUAUUGUGUUGGACUUAGAUUUAACACAGACUGUGUGAUUUAUUUGCCACGGGUAUAUGACCUUUUUCUGCUCCUUUGGGUAAAUAAUAUAAUUCAUAUGUUGCAGUUUGCAUUAUAAAAUAAAAAACUGUUUGUUCCCAAA